CGCAGUUCUGGUACAAUUUCCCCCGGUGCGCCGGGAUAUUCGGGGUGCAUCGGGCAAGCCAUCUCUCUCUCUCGCUCAGCAUUUGCCAAUCCGCGAGGCAUUUUCUCAAACGCCGAAAAAAGGUAGUGAGAAAAUUUACCGCUGUGAACAGAAAAGCCACACAAAUUGUGUACUGCUCAGGGCAAAUUGGUGAGCUGUGGUGUAAGAGUGUUUCGGAAGCUGUUGGGCCGUCAGAGUAGAAGUGAGCGUUGAAGGAUGUCGUCGACCACGUGUUACAAGUGCAACCGUCCGGGGCACUUCGCCCGCGAGUGCACGUCUGGCGUCGGAGGGGCGCGCGACAAGAUGGGCAGCACCUAUGGCCGCAACCGCGAGAAGUGCUACAAGUGCAACCAAUCGGGCCACUUCGCCAGGGAGUGCAAGGAGGACGCCGAUAGGUGUUACCGCUGCAACGGCACUGGGCAUAUUGCUCGCGAGUGCAGCCAGUCUGCUGAUGAUCCAUCUUGCUACAAUUGCAACAAAACCGGCCACUUGGCGCGUCACUGUCCCGAACAGAUUGACAAUCGCCAGGCGAUGUCGUGCUACAAUUGCAACAAGAGCGGACAUAUUUCUCGUCAUUGCCCUGAGGGCGGCAAGUCUUGCUAUAUUUGCGGCAAGCUAGGCCAUAUUAGUCGCGAAUGUGAUCAAAAUGGUGGACGAAAUUGAGAUGACGAGUCGUCACAGUGAAUCUUCCUUCUCGCCGCACUUUUCUCUGGAUUUGGCCGAGGAGGAAUCGAUCCAUGAAGAGUUUCUCGACAAACUCUUAACAAUCUUUUUUGCGUCGUUUGUUCUCCACCUGUUUGAGAUACAAUCGCCUUUCAUUGAAAAAAUAAAAUGAAAAAAUACUAAAUAUGGAUAAAAAUGAAUAAAAAAAAAUGAAAUAAAUAUAUGGAAAUAUAAAUGAACACAUGAGUAAAAGUAAUGAUGAAAAAAAAACUUGAAGGAAAUAUGUUGUUUUGUUUUCAUUUUUGGAUUUAUUAUAAAUGGUAGAAAUAUAGGGAUCUCAGAAGAAAUUUGUUGAAAAAGAAAGAACGCGUGAAGACUAACCAAUAUAACAAACAAAUAAUAAAAAAAAGAAGAAGAAAUAUGUAAAACAAAACACGAAGGAAGAAGACAAACGAGAAGAUUUGAUGCUCUUGUAUUUAAAUACCGAUCAUUUAUACUUUGUACAUAGAUGAGUGUGUAUAAAGACGAUUAGCAUCGAUUUUGAAAGAGACAAAACCAAUUUUUCACUUUUCUGUUUGUAAAUUUUUGAUAUAGGAAAAAAAAGAGGAAACUCACUGAGAAAAAAAUUGUAAAACUGAGCGAAGAUGUAAACAUGAUGCGAAGGAAGUCAAAGGAGAGAUUUAAUAACGAAAAGGUGCUUCACCGCCGUCGUCUUGAUAGAGAGA